UUCCUGGAGUCGCCGGCCGGGGCCGCUAGCUGUAGUCUGCGCCGGACCCGGGAGCCCACGGUCGCCGCCAUGUCCCAUCAGACCGGCAUCCAAGCAAGUGAAGAUGUUAAAGAUGUCUUUGCCAGAGCAAGAAAUGGAAAAUACAGACUUCUGAAAAUAUCUAUUGAAAAUGAGAAACUUGUGAUUGGAUCAUGCAGUCAGCCUUCAGAUUCCUGGGAUAAGGAUUAUGAUUCCUUUGUUUUACCCCUGUUGGAGGACAAACAACCGUGCUAUAUAUUAUUCAGGUUAGAUUCUCAGAAUGCCCAAGGAUAUGAAUGGAUAUUCAUUGCGUGGUCUCCAGAUCAUUCUCAUGUUCGUCAAAAAAUGUUGUAUGCAGCAACAAGAGCAACUCUGAAAAAGGAGUUUGGAGGUGGCCACAUUAAAGAUGAAGUAUUUGGAACAGUAAAGGAAGAUGUAUCACUACAUGGAUAUAAAAAAUAUUUGCUGUCACAAUCUUCUCCUGCCCCUCUGACUGCAGCAGAGGAAGAGUUACGACAGAUUAAAAUAAAUGAGGUACAAACUGACGUGGGUGUGGACACUAAGCAUCAAACACUGCAAGGAGUAGCAUUUCCUAUUUCUCGAGAAGCUUUUCAGGCUUUGGAAAAAUUGAAUAACAGACAGCUCAACUAUGUGCAAUUGGAAAUAGAUAUAAAAAAUGAAAUUAUAAUUUUGGCCAACACAACAAAUACAGAACUAAAAGAUUUGCCAAAGAGGAUUCCCAAGGAUUCAGCACGUUACCAUUUCUUUCUGUAUAAACAUUCCCAUGAAGGAGACUAUUUGGAGUCCAUAGUUUUUAUUUAUUCAAUGCCUGGAUACACAUGCAGUAUAAGAGAAAGGAUGCUGUAUUCUAGCUGCAAGAGCCCUCUGCUAGAAAUUGUAGAAAGACAACUACAAAUGGAUGUCAUUAGAAAGAUAGAGAUAGACAAUGGGGAUGAGUUGACUGCAGACUUCCUUUAUGAAGAAGUACACCCCAAGCAGCAUGCGCAUAAGCAAAGUUUUGCAAAACCGAAAGGUCCAGCAGGAAAAAGGGGAAUUCGAAGACUAAUUAGGGGUCCAGCUGAAACUGAAGCCACUACUGAUUAAUAUUAUAUCAAGUACUACAAUACUAGUUUUUUAAAAGUCCAGCUUUUAGUACAGGAGAACUGAAAUCAUUCCAUGUUGAUAAUGUAGUAAGGGAAAAAAUUGUACUUUUUGAAAAAUAGCACUUUUCACUUCUGUGUGUUUUUAAAAUUAAUGUUAUUAGAAGUCUCAUGAUUUCUAUUUUUGAGUUGAAGCUAGAAAAGAUUUCAACACAGUGAUGUUUAAUUUUGUCACACUGUUUUCAUAGAGUGCUGAUUCCACACUUUCACAUAAUUCUUACAAGUUUUUUACUGAUGGGCCAAUUCCAGAAAGUCUAAUGUCUGAAAGUAAGAUGUACUUAUUACUCUUUAGUGAGAUAUCUAAUUUUUUUUCUUGAAGGGAGAAAGACCUUAAACUAUUCAUACUACUUAAGGAAUAUGUUAGGAACCAGGUUAGAUUUUCUAAGCUGAAAAUCAGUGUGCCUAAGAAGAGGAGGAAAGUUGCUUACUUUGAGGAGCACUGCUCUCAGAAUGAGAUCAUGCCUGCAACUUUUAGAAACAGUGCUUUAUUGCAGCAGUCUUCUCUUUGACUUCUUGGUUUUUUAAAUAGCAUUAAAAUUUAAGAAGGUCACCUCACUCUGAGACCUUAAGGGUACAAGAUACUUUCUGUACUGCAGGAUUUCUCAUGUCAUUGAAAGACACGUUUAUACAGCUUUAGUUAUUUCUCUUUCUAGUGCUUUAAAAAAUUUCUAUUUCUAAAGUAAGUCAUUUUAUUAUAAGUAGUGUGAGGCCAAGUAUUUAUGCUCAGUUGAAUAUUAAAUUAAUAUAAUUCAAAAGCAAAUAAUACUUAAAAGUCAAUAAUAUGAAAAAGUUGUAAACAUCAAAAUCGAUAUUUCUCCAAAAUAUAUUUGUAGGCAUAUGUUGUGCUUUAUCACUUUUGAGCAAAUAUUCAGGUUUAAUCAAAUUGUUUUAAAGUCCCAGUACUUAUUAGCCCAAGACAGAUAAACACAUAAGAAUCUUGUUUCAAUUUAUAUGUUAUUUCAAAACACACUGAAGUGUUUUCUAAAGCUUUGCAUUUUCAGCUACAACCUACAAAGAUUUUGAGCCUCAUUUUUCUUUGAUACUUGAAAUAGAGGGAGCUAGAACACUUCAUCACAUUUAAUCUGUUAAACCUGCUGUGAGAGCCAUAACUUGGACGCGUUUUCUAAAUGAACUGUGGGGAUCCAGGAUUUAUAAUUUUUUGAUCUAAACUUUAUGCUGCAUAAAACAAUAUCAGAAAUGCACAUUUCAUAGAAUACAAUAUGAAACACUUUUACACCUUAUUAUCUAAGGUAAUGUAUGCACCUUUUAGAAAUUCGAUGUGUGUUCAAGUGAAGCAUAUUAGAAUAAUUAUAGUUUGACAGAUUUUUUUUCCUAGAAUUAAGAGUACUUGUGUGGGGUUUUGUUUGUUUACAAAUAAUCAAACUAUAAUGUUUAAACAUACAAAAUAAUCAGCAGUAAUGUUGCACUUGUUUACUAAAGAUAUACUUUAAGUUGUUCCAUGGGUGCACACAUAGACAUAACAUACACACAAAUUUCUGCAUUGAGAAUCCUGAAGCCAGUAGUUUAAGUCAGAAAGAUUGUUGACCUGUCAUGAAGGUAUAAAAUAAUUUAGUAGUAAAUGUUUUUCUGUACCAUUCAUGUGCAAUUGUACUCUAAAUUCCACUACACUACAUGAAAAUAAAUGGACAUUCCAGAGUAUAGAUGUGAUUAUAAGAUCUUAAAUUAUUAUUAAACCAAUGAUUGUUGAAAAUCAGUGAUGCAUUUGUUAUAGAGUAUAACUCAUCGUUUACAGUAUAUUUUAGGUGGCAUCAUCAUAACAAUGAAAGGUGAAUAAAAUAUUCCCAAUAAAUUUAUAUAGCAUUGAAGAAUUACGUCUUCUGUGGACAUUUUAUAA